CGCAGGCGUCUGCGGGACUAGCCCUCAGGCAAGUCCCGUUUCUCGCGAGUUUUUCGGGUGAGCCGUCGCUCUCUACCUGAGCAAGACCGGCGCCGAGAGACGUUUUUGCACAGGAGUGAGGAGAUGUCUCUUAAUGACGAGGGCUUUGUGGUGCGGAUUCGGGGCUUGCCCUGGUCCUGUACACAGGAGGAAGUGGCUAGCUUUUUCUCAGAUUGUGAAAUUGUGGGCGGGGUGAGCGGUGUGUGCUUUACCUAUUCUAAAGAGGGCAGGCCAAGUGGAGAAGCCUUCAUUGAGCUGAAAACAGCGGAUGACUUCAAGAAUGCUAUUGCUAAGGAUCGAAAGUACAUGGGCCAUCGCUACAUUGAAGUCUUUAAGUCGAAUCGCAGCGAGAUGGACUGGGUGCUGAAGCGCUGUGGCCCCAGCGACUACGACAGCUGCAGCGGCUGUAUGUUGCGCCUGCGGGGCCUGCCUUUCGGCUGCAGCAAGGAGGAGAUCGUGCAAUUCUUCGCAGGGUUGAAAAUCGUGCCAAAUGGGAUAACAUUGCCGAUGGACUACCAGGGGAGGAGCACGGGGGAGGCCUUCGUGCAGUUUGCCUCAAAGGAGAUAGCAGAAAAGGCUCUUGGGAAACACAAGGAAAGGAUAGGGCACAGGUACAUAGAAAUCUUCAAGAGCAGCAGGAACGAAAUCCGAGCCUAUUACGAGCUGCCCAGGAGGAUGAUGGGACAGCGGCCUGGGCCAUAUGACAGACCCGUCAUGGGUCGCGGGGGGUUUUUCGGGCCGGGGCCAGGAAGAGGCAGUGGCCUCCUGGACCAGAUGCGCAGUGGAGGGGGCUACAGUGGAGGCUACGGAGGGUUUGACAGCUACAAUGGCUUCAACAAUUACUGUUUUGGCAAUGGUAUGUUUGAGGACAGAGUCCGGGGCGACAGGGGGAGAGGUAAGGGUGCCUUCUUUCACGCAGGCCACUGGCGUGCCUGCUGCUGGCACGGCUCUGUCAUCAUAGCAACAAUCCUGUGUCCUAAUGCUUCUCGUAUGGCCUUAUGUGACCAUUGUUACCGCAGUAACGGUGCGAUGAUAGUGCGACUUCUUACCCCUGCAGGCGUAGGGGGGCAUGGCUAUGGGGGUAGCGAUUCUGGCUCUGGCUUCCACAGCGGACACUUUGUGCACAUGCGCGGUCUGCCCUUCCGUGCCACAGAGGCUGACAUUGCCAAUUUCUUCACGCCAUUGAACCCGAUUCGCGUGCACAUCGAUGUGGCGCCCAAUGGGAAGUCCACGGGUGAGGCCGAUGUUGAGUUUGCAUCGCACGAGGAUGCUGUGUCCGCCAUGUCUAAAGAUAAAAACCACAUGCAACAUCGUUACAUCGAGCUGUUCCUGAACUCUACAGCCAGCGGGGGAUCUGAAAUGGGCCGCAGUGGUGGUUUCUAUGGAAACUCUGGGGGCAUGGGGUCCAGAGGUGGUGGACUGAGGGGCAUGUUUUAGAUGAGGGUGACCUGAAGCCACCAAGUUCAACCAAAAGUUGAAGUUAACUUUUUCUUUUGUAUUUGGGAAUGUUUUUUUUCCAUAUGUUCAUAUGAAUUUUACGUUAGAUUUCCCAUUUUCAGAGUGGAAAUGAAAUAUAUUUGAUGUUACUUAGGUUAACCAGCUAUUGUAAAUUUUGCUCAUUAAAUUUUAUACAAAAUCUG